ACGUUGCCUUCGGGAGCGUUUUUUGACUGCCACGCGGCGAAGGGGGAGCAGGGUCACAGGAGGGAAGGGAGGAGCGAGUUCGUUGAGGGGAGAUAUUUGCUUUUGUUUAUUCUCGCUUCUUUGAUCUCUUCAUCUUCUUCUCCUCGACUUCCAGUUUUGAGGUCACACCCCACCCACCCCAGAAGGCUUUGGUGCUAGAAAGAGAGAGACAUACAAAAAUAUCAAUCAACUGAGUGAUGGAGGUAUAUGGAAAAUCUAUGAUUGCUGAGCCAAGUAAUGUGAUUUUUUUGUCCAGUAUUCUUAACAGGGAAGAGCCAAUCCCUAGCCACAAAUGUGAUAAGAGAUGCCAAAAUGAACAUGUAUUUGGAAACAUGUACCGCUGCAAACUAACAGGAAUAACACACAUCUGUGACCAGAACUGUAACCAGAGGAUUUUGUAUGAUAACCAUAACUCCUUUUGCAGAGUAAGCAGGCAGGUCUUUCCUCUUUCACCAGCAGAACAGCAGGCAGUUAGAGGAGUUCGGAGGAAGCUUGAAGCAGAGAACUCUGAUGGCUGUGCUUUUAAGCGCAGGCGAGAUGCCCAGCUGCAUCCUCCUCCUUUUGAGAGGUCUUUCACUGUGGUGUCUCCAAUCUGCAGUCAAGUUGGAGAUGGCAUGGACAUGAGUUAAUGCUCAGUAGUCCCAUUUCCAUUUCUUUUUCUUUUUCCACCUUCCUUUGCUCCCUUUGCGAUGCAUAUUAAGAGUGUCCUUCCUCUAUUGAGACUUGGAAGUGAACCAAAUAUGUUAUGGACAUGUUGUGAAACUCUUAAAAAUCCUUUGUAGUACCAUCCAAGUGGAAUGGUCGUAUUCUAACUGUUUAACAUUUCAUUAGAACCUACAACAGAUUUGACUGCCAUUCAUGGAUGUUCUUUUUUAAUAGAAUGUUUCAAGCAAUCAGAUUAGAUCUACUAUUUCUUUCAAGCAGUAUGUUGAUUCAUAAUUUAGACAGAGGGCCUUCUAAAGCAACUGUCAUCAUUUUUAGCUUUGAUUAGAUGAUCCAGAUGGUAUUAUAUGUUGACAUCUUUGCUUCCAUGUUCUCUUGAUGAACUGCAAUUUUAAUGCUCUGUAAUACUGUCCUUGGUACAUGUGUUUGGGUCAUGGUUAUCCUUUCUUAAUGCCUUUAUGUUGAAAGUAUGCUUUAUUUUCUAUUGUUAGUUUUGGGCAUCAUUUAAUCUGCUUAUGUGUUAGAUCCUUUGUGUGGAAUUUGUCUGCUGCAACAGUGGUAUUAUUAUCUACAACUGACUUGAAUUGACAGGUUUUGGCAGUCCACUUGAUGUAUUCCUAUUGUUUUGUUCUGGUAAAACUUUAUUUAUCUAUUUAUUUAUUUUAUUGUGUCUCUUAGCUAGUUGCAGCCUUGCAGGUUGUUGAUGAAAUAUUUUUAUAUAUGACACGAAUCUUUUGCUUCCCAUGUUGAUAUUUGUGAACAUUUCAAAUUAUUUUGCAGGAUAAUUCGGGCUUGAAGCUCAGGAGAACUGAAAAAUAAUGUUUAGUUAAUCGUUUUUCAUUUCAAUAUGUGGAAACUCUAACCUUAUGUCUUGCAUUUUGAAGGUACAAAAAGGAUGAUUCCUAUCACGUAGCUUGUCACAACACUGAGAUAGUUGAUUCCUGCUCAAAGCUCAUAAGAAUUCCUUCUAGCAGAUUCUCCUAACAUUAUGUACAAUUAUCAAGGAGCUUAACCACAGCGUGGCAAGGCAGCAAUGGUUCUUUUAAAUGCUGCAAAGUUUUAAGAGGAAAUCCUAGUGGGUGGUUUGAUCUCAUUAAGCAUACCAUGGUUGGACUGCAUUGAAACUAGAGUCAUUUUGUCCUGAGCUUGUUUAAAUUCUUAACAUAUACUUGACAUGUUUUGAGGCUCUCGCUGUGCUCUUGGAUGCUUCAGGCUGUGCUGUAAAGGUGGUCAUGGUGAUGUUUUCCAUUGAUAAUAUCAUCUCCUGCUUGAGCUUUCACCGCCUUUACUGUUUUCUAAGAACUGUGAAGCUUGACUUUGUACUCUAGGAUGGUCACUCUUGAUGUAUUCUCAAGUCUCAUUUGUAUAUCUGUUUAUUGCACACUUUUUAUCUGAACAUCUUGUUGAUGAUGAUAAAGUUGUUUAUUGCAGAAGACUUUUUGUAUUAUGGUUACAUAUUAUACAUUAUCUUUUAUGUGGA